AACAUAACCUUUCUUGUUUGUCAAAAAUGGACGCGUUGUUCGAAAAAAAAUUGAGAGAAGAGUGAUAUUGUAUAGUGCAUCUUAACGAGGAUAAAUAUUCAUAAAAUAGUGAAAAAAUGAUGAACGAAAAAAUGAUGGAUGCGCGAAGACGCGAGAGAGAGUUGAUAGGAUUGCGAGGAGUUCCUGAGGCUUGGAGCAAAUCUCCUAUUCAAAUCGAACAUAGUUCAGACGAAGAGACAGAAGAUUUGAUCAAACAAAAGGAUAACAUUUUACCAAAAGAUCGCAAGAGGAAAAGACACGAUACUAAAAAGAAGAAGAGUAAAAAAUUAAAAAAGGAAAAGAAGGCGAAAAAGGAAAGAAGGAGAGAGAAAAAAGCAAAGAAGGAGGCAAAGAGGGAAAAGAAGAAGAGAAAGAAAGCAAAGAAAGACACAGACAGUAGUAGUUCUGAUGAUAGCAGCAGCAGUGACGAAGAGGUUUGGGUAGAAAAGACUGCAGUUACGGAUAAACCGAGACUUAGGAAAGGUUCGAGUUCAGAUGACAGCGGAGAUGAUGGUACAGUAGGACCCGCUCCGAAACCGCAUGUGACUCUCUCGGCUAAAGACUUCGGCAAGGCUCUACUACCAGGCGAGGGUGCAGCGAUGGCAGCUUAUGUCGCCGAAGGGAAACGUAUACCCAGGAGAGGUGAAAUCGGCCUCACUUCCGAGGAGAUUGCCUCAUACGAAUCCGUUGGUUAUGUAAUGAGCGGCAGCAGGCACCGUCGUAUGGAAGCCGUUCGUAUACGUAAGGAGAACCAAAUCUAUUCCGCCGAUGAAAAGCGUGCCUUGGCAAUGUUCAGUAAAGAGGAACGACAAAAGAGAGAAAAUCUUAUAUUAGGACAAUUUAGAGAGAUGAUUAAUCAGAAGAAAUUGGCGCAGGAGAAGAAUUAGAUAAACUUUCUGUAUAUAGAAUACAAAUUCUCUUGUAUACAUUUUUGCAUAAUGUUAAGCCUUUGUAUAUUAAGUAAAUACAAUAUAUAGAAAAUAAUGUACCGACACAUGUGCACUAAAUACUAUUAAUAACAUUCAGUUUAUUUGAAUCAGA